CUGAGCACAGCACGGAAGUGCACGUCCAUACAUGCUCAUGAAUAUGAGACCGAAAGUAACUUUAACUUGAUAAGAACUGCUUCUAGUUCAGCGACACUCAGGUUUCGCAACGCUUCAAAAUGGCAAAUCGAAAAAACGAUAUAAUGGCACUUUGCUGUGAAAUCUCCUCAAAUAAGAAGAUAAAAGCAGCGUUUAAGAGCUCGGCGAAAGGAGCCGCGGUCGCCGGAGGGACCGCUUUUGUCGGAGGGCUGCUCGGUGGUCCGGCCGGUAUAGCUGUCGGUGCCGCUCUGGGAGGUGCUCUGGGAGGAUGGAUGACCAGCGGUCAGUUCAGGCCUCUUCCCGAGAUCCUCAUGGAAAUGGCUCCUGCACAACAGGAGCAACUGUACUCGGAUGUCAUGGCCAUAGUGGGUACACUGAACUGGACCGAUGUCGCUCAGCUGAUCGCUAAAGUUAACGGGAACGCCACUCUGCACGAGCAGGUCCUGGGUGCCAUACUCAGUUAUACUAAAAACCAACUCAAGGCUGAUGUGCAGUAUGAAGACUGACCGCUGGAGAAUAAGCGAAACGUAGGAUUUAUCUCUUUAAUGCAUUCAUUUCUCUUCAACUGGGGGAUACUUUCAUUUAAAUGUCGAUUUUGUAGUUUUUAGAAGUUUUUAUGAUAUUUUUAUUUAUUUUUUUAUGAUUCCGAAUGACAGGGCAUUUAAGGCUGACUACUAGUAAUUAUAUUUAUGUCAACACUGGUUUAUUUGUUAAAGAACUAGUUUCCAUGUUCGACGAAGAGCUAAGAACAUGGAGCAACUACUUUGCAAUCAUAUCAUGCGCGAGUUUGCAAUAAAUCACUGAUGGGCCUUCGUGUUUAGGCUGCAAAUCUGAAAAAUAGGUUUACGUGAACAAAAGCACACCAUCUCUUCAUUCAUACUGUGGAUGCAAAAUGUGUAGGCUAAUGUAGGUGUCACUGUAUAUUGAGGCGAAUGCAUAAAGAAAAGAAACAUGAA